UUUUCACAGUGACGUAUUAUAUAUACUGAUAUAUAUAUACUGUGCCUGUGUAUUCUUGUACGGUGGUGCUACUUUUAUUUUUUUCUAUUUCUACUUUGGAUGUCCAUCGCACCUUGAGGCUCAUGGCUGGGUUUCUCACAUGCCUGUGGAAGUAUAGGAAUUACAUUGUGAUAGUCCUUACGCCUCUUUUACUUCUUCCUCUGCCCCUGAUCAGCCCGACCUCGGAGGCAAAAUGUGGUUAUAUAAUUAUCCUCAUGGCACUGUACUGGUGCACAGAGUGUAUCCCUCUGGCUGUGACCGCCCUGCUGCCUGUCAUCCUCUUCCCCAUGAUGGGCAUCUUGGAAUCAGGCGAGGUUUGUAUCCAGUACCUGAAAGACUCCAACAUGCUCUUUAUCGGUGGGCUGCUGGUGGCCAUCGCUGUUGAGCAAUGGAACCUGCACCGGAGAAUUGCCCUUCAAGUGCUGCUUAUUGUGGGGGUGAAGCCAUCUUUCCUGAUGAUUGGUUUCAUGAGCACCACAGCCUUUCUGUCCAUGUGGAUCAGUAACACGGCCUCCACAGCCAUGAUGCUGCCCAUCGCCAAUGCUGUGCUGCAGCAGCUGUGUGACACAGAGGCCAACGCUGAAGAGAGGGACUUUAGCAAGACUGCUGCAGUGAACGGUCUAGAUAACCAGGCAUUUGAGAUGGGUGACGCCAAAAUGAGCAAAGAGAACGAAUCAAGGGACAGCACCAUCACUUUGGAGGCAGAUAAAGAUGACCGGAACGAUAUAAAAGAAAUGAACGAAAAAGAUGUAAUAUCAAAGGUUUGUGAAAGAAGUGCAGAGGCCCAGCAGCGCAGACUGAAGACUGAGCAUAAGUAUCUGAAGCUGACGAAAGGCAUGAGUCUGAGUGUGUGUUACGCUGCCAGCAUCGGUGGGACAGCCACCCUCACUGGAACAACACCCAACGUCAUCAUGAAAGGCCAGAUUGAUGAACUCUUUCCAGAUAAUGGAGGUGUAAUCAACUUUGCAAGCUGGUUCGGUUUCUCAUUCCCCAACAUGGUUCUGAUGCUCGCCUUGUCUUGGUUGUGGCUGCAGUUUAUAUUUUUAGGCUUCAACCUAAAAAGCUCGUUUGGAUGUGGCACAAAGAACGAUGGAGAUAGGGAGGCGUACCAGGUAAUCAAAAAUGAGUACAGAAAGUUGGGCAGGAUGAGCUUCGCUGAGGGUUGUGUGCUGUUCAUCUUCACGCUGCUGGUAGUUCUGUGGUUUACCAGGGAACCUGGGUUCAUACCCGGCUGGGCCACUUUGCUCUUCAACAAAGACAAACCGUAUGUCACAGACGGCACCGUGGCCAUUUUAAUGUCAGCCCUCUUCUUCUGCAUCCCAUCCAAAUUGCCCCUAUGCUGUGGGAAGUCGGAGGAUGAGACCCCUUCUGAAGCCCCUUCAGCACUGCUUAAUUGGGACGUUGUCCAUGAAAAGAUGCCUUGGAACAUCCUUUUGCUUCUGGGAGGAGGUUUUGCGUUGGCACAUGGAAGUGAGAAAUCUGGACUAUCUUUGUGGCUUGGAGAAAGUCUCAUACCACUGCAGAGCAUCCCUCCUUUUGCAAUCUCCAUCCUGCUGUGUUUGCUGGUGGCCAUGUUCACUGAAUGUUCCAGCAACACUGCCACCACCACUCUCUUCCUGCCGAUACUGGCCUCAAUGGCCACCGCCAUCAAGAUACACCCACUGUACGUCAUGUUUCCCUGCACCAUCUCUGCCUCGCUGGCUUUCAUGCUGCCCGUAGCCACUCCACCCAACGCCAUCGCCUUCUCCUACGGCAACCUUAGAGUCAUGGACAUGGCCAAAGCUGGAUUCAUUCUGAACAUUCUUGGAGUCUUAACCAUCAACAUUGCCAUUAACACGUGGGGGGUGGCCAUGUUCGACCUGAAUACCUUUCCCAGUUGGGCCAAUGUCACCACAACUCCUUGAAAAUGAACUCAGGGAAAUGGAAAUGGAAGAGAAACUGGGGGAUAUGAACGAUGUCUGAGUAUUGUAAAGGAUUUCACCACUGGAGGAUUUAGCAGGCAAGUGUAUGAUAACAUGGCAUUUAUAUUGAAAGCUCCUGUACGCUCUGGCCAACACAGUUUGAUAUUGAGGGGUUCUUCAGACGUAUAUCCUCCCUUUAUAUUGUGAUGCUCUUCAAAAACUGACAGGUUGACAGGAAACAUUAAAGAACCGUCGUGUGAGUUUAGGGCAUCUGGAUUAAUACUCCUGUGGACUGUCAUUCAAACAGAUUUUAACCUGGCAGACAUGACAGUUAAAAAGUGUUAAAGCAAGGCAAAUGCCAGUCUUGUUUGCUGUGGGAAAUUUGAUAUUCUGACUUGUCAUUGUAUCUGUAAUUAGCAGUGUUACAAUAAACUAAAAUAAAACUAUUGGAAAAAAAGUAACCAACAAAACGAGAACUUAACUAAUUAAUUUAGUUGCUUCUAUUUGCAUACUUAAAUAUCACUGUGUACUACUUAUGACUAUUUUGCUCUAUGUCUGUUGUGCCAUGUCUGUCUGUACAUUUCUUGAUGGGAUGAAUCUCAUUAACAUCCAUAGGAUUAGGGACACUGGGUACUUUAUUGAUAUAAAGAGAGCCAGAGUACAGAAGGCGUAAUCCCUUCAAAGGGUCAAUGUGGGAGAAAUACAAAAGGACAAAUCAAUUAUAGGAAAAUGAUUGAAAACAUUUCAUUGAAAUUGUUGGCAGGGGUCCACAUAUCUGCUGUAUGUGGAAAGCAAAAAAGAUUUUAAAAUUCUAAAACUACAGCAUACAGAGGUCAAAGGAGUAAGCAUUUUUGUUUAAUCUAGCAACCAUUCUUUUGGUCAACACUGAAAGACAGCAGCAUUCAAAGGGAAACUAUCAGUCUAGUUGAACUGGUUCUCACACCAAUGGAAGUUAAUGAAGGUGCAAUGGAUGCCUGUGAUCGGAGGUAAGACAACAUCUUUGUGUCAUGAUAUCUUUGUCUUUAAACACUUUUGGUCUCUCUGUCCCAAUUUGUGAUUUAACAUUUAAAUUAAAAAAUGUAAAAACAUUUGAAAAAGGCUGUUUAAUGCUGCAGUACAUUCUCUCUGCUGAAAGUUCAGGGUUUUUUUGGUUACUGAGAAUGUGCAAGAGGUGUUCUUAUUGAGACAUGAAUCUGCAGGAGGCAUACAAAUCUGCAAUUAUCAUACUCUGUAAAGCUUUACCACCUGACUGUACUGAUCUUCUCUGAACCUGUUUUUUAUUAAAGGCCCUGAAUCCGUAAUGAAAUGGUAAUUGUGAAUAUAAAAUAGUGAGACAAUCCA